CUUGGUCGCCCUGCGGCUCGUCCCCUGCUCUCCGCCUCUCUCCGCUCCUGCCGGGUCCGCCGCCGCCGCCGCCGCCAUGGCUCAAGCGGAUAUUGCACUGAUUGGACUGGCUGUCAUGGGCCAGAACCUAAUUCUGAACAUGAAUGACCACGGCUUUGUGGUCUGUGCGUUUAAUAGGACGGUCUCCAAAGUUGAUGAUUUCUUGGCCAAUGAGGCAAAGGGAACCAAGGUGAUUGGUGCCCACUCCCUGGAGGAGAUGGUCUCCAAGCUGAAGAAGCCUCGGCGGAUCCUACUGCUUGUGAAGGCUGGCCAAGCGGUUGAUGAUUUCAUUGAAAAAUUGGUCCCGUUGUUGGACACCGGUGACAUCAUCAUUGAUGGGGGGAACUCUGAAUACAGGGACACCACGAGACGAUGUCAAAACCUCAAGGCCAAGGGGAUCUUGUUUGUGGGGAGCGGCGUUAGUGGGGGAGAGGAAGGCGCCCGGCACGGCCCGUCGCUCAUGCCCGGAGGGAACAGAGCCGCCUGGCCCCACAUCAAGACCAUCUUCCAGGGCAUCGCUGCCAAAGUGGGAACUGGAGAGCCCUGCUGUGACUGGGUGGGAGAGGAGGGAGCGGGGCACUUCGUGAAGAUGGUGCACAAUGGGAUCGAGUACGGGGACAUGCAGCUGAUCUGCGAGGCCUACCACCUGAUGAAGGACAUCCUGGGCAUGGAGCACAGCGAGAUGGCACAGGCGUUUGAGGAAUGGAACAAGACGGAGCUGGACUCGUUCCUGAUUGAAAUCACAGCCAAUAUUCUCAAGUUCCGAGACAGCGACGGCACUCACCUGCUGCCCAAGAUCAGGGACAGCGCGGGGCAGAAGGGCACGGGGAAGUGGACCGCCAUCUCGGCCCUGGAGUACGGCGUGCCCGUCACCCUCAUCGGAGAAGCAGUCUUUGCCCGAUGCCUAUCCUCUCUGAAGGACGAGCGGGUUCAGGCCAGCAAAAAGCUGCAGGGUCCUCAGAAGACCCAGUUCAACGGGGAUAGGAAGUCGUUCCUGGAGGACAUUCGAAAGGCCCUCUAUGCCUCCAAGAUCAUCUCUUACGCUCAAGGCUUUAUGCUGCUGAGACAGGCGGCCACUGAAUUUGGCUGGACCCUCAACUAUGGCGGCAUCGCCCUGAUGUGGAGGGGGGGCUGCAUCAUCCGAAGCGUAUUCCUGGGAAAGAUAAAAGAUGCAUUUGACCGGAACCCAGAACUCCAGAACCUGCUGCUGGACGACUUCUUUAAGUCAGCCGUCGAAAGCUGCCAGGACUCCUGGCGGCGGGCGGUCAGCACUGGGGUCCAGGCGGGCAUCCCCAUGCCCUGCUUCACCACUGCUCUCUCCUUCUAUGACGGAUACAGACACGACAUGCUGCCGGCCAACCUGAUCCAGGCUCAGCGGGAUUACUUUGGGGCUCACACCUACGAACUCUUAGCCAGCCCAGGGAAGUUCAUCCACACUAACUGGACAGGCCACGGCGGCAGCGUGUCGUCGUCUUCAUACAACGCCUAGUCAGUCCUGUUACCCACCGCGACGCCAUAGUCAGGGACAUUCCACCUGCCACACCACACUGCUUACACGGUCUGUGCCCUGCGUUCCGCUCAGAUCUUUUAAAAUAAAAGUAUCGUACGAGGCUCCUGAAAAGCCUGCCCCGCUCCCUGUGGGUAGUUCUGUGGGAACAGCCGUGCCCCUGCCCCUGCCUCCUGGACUGAUGGGAUUGUCACGUGAUCGGCAGGAGGAGCCAGCCCCUUGACGCCGUCACUGUCCACACUGUCCACGUGUCCCGUGGAUUCGCGAGGCCCCAGUUUGCCCUGACAGGUCACAGAGAAGGGAAGGGGCCUUGUGGGAUCUGCUGGAACCUUUGUAUCAUGCAGCUGAAUUCCCCUUUCCUCCACUUAAUAAAGCUCUUCUUUCUCCAGA